AUGAUGAUCAUGCCUCGUGAAUUGUGGCUCGACACCAAAGCUCUCCGAGCGGCUCUGGAGUGGGAACAAGCUCAGCCAACGAUCUUUCCUACGAUCCAACGAGGUAAACAUCUAUCACCACCGACUGCUCCCCAACCAAAUACGAUUCUCUGUAACACCGACGGAGCAUGGAAGGCGGAAAGUCGACAAGCAGGUACAGGCUGGAUCUUCACUACUCCUACAGGAGCAAUCACGCGGGAUGGAAAGGCCCAUCACAACGUCUCCUCUGCUCUAAUGGCGGAAGCCCUAGCGGUUAGAGACGCCCUCAUGCAUGCCUCUGCUCUUGGAUUCACUUCAAUCUGGCUUCGCUCAGAUGCUCAAGCGCUCACCAAAGCGAUCCUCUCGAACCAAGGACCGACAGAACUCCACGGCAUUUUGUCGGAUAUUGCUUCGAUCUCUUCUUCUUUUGAUUUCUGCGUUUUUUCGUCUGUCUCUCGUGUUUUGAAUGGGCCUGCGGACCAAAUUGCAAAAGCCCACCUUGUAUUAGCGAAUGUUUCGGCAGCCCACUAG